AUGAAUCGGUUCACAUACCUAUCAAAAUUGUUGCGUCAAAGUACGCCUAUCGUCUCGGAGAAGGAACAAAGUUUAAUUUCCCAUAAAGUAGAUCAUCUUCUCCUUCAUUGUGGAUUAGUAUCAGUCAGUUCUCCAGGAGUCUUUGUUCUUUCCCCAAUUGCAUUACGAGCUGUUGUAAAAUUGACCAAUUUUAUCGACCAUAAAAUGUCCGAGAUCGGUGGCCAAAAGUGCAUAUUUCCAACCCUUGGUCAGGAUCAACUCUGGACACGAUCAGGUCGUUGGGAAAAAUUUGGCAGUGAAAUGUUUCGUCUUAAAGAUCGCACUGGAAGAUCCUAUUGCCUACAGCCCACUCACGAGGAAGAGGUUUGCAGAUUUGUUUCUGGCUUGGAUUUUAAUAAUAGUGCUUUACCUCUUAAAGUCUAUCAAAUUUCUUCCAAAUUUCGUGACGAAAUUCAACCCAAAUUAGGCCUACUGCGAUGUCGGGAAUUUCUCAUGAAAGACCUAUAUUCCUUUGAUUUGGACGUUGAGUCUGCUAAGAAAACUUAUGAUACUCUCUCGAAAGCAUAUUCAGAAAUAUUUCAUUUUCUUAAGCUUCCCAUUUUUAAGGUGUCUGCCAAUGGAGGUUUAAUGGGUGAUUGUCCAUCAGAUGAAUUCCAUUGUCCUUUACCUGUCGGUGAGGACAUGUUGUCAGUUUGUCAAAAUUGUAAAAAAGCUGUUUUAGCUUUGCAAACAGAAUCCUCUAAUUGCCCCGGUUGUGGUUCAGAAUGUCAGAUUGUAAAAUCCGUCGAGCUGGCUCAUUGUUUUCUCCUUGGAGAUUUGUAUACAUCCCCAUUUAACGUGAAAACAUCACCACGUAUGGAUAUAGCUAGAACGCUUCAAAUGGGUUGCUAUGGUAUCGGUGUCACUCGAUUACUAGCUACAGCCCUUGAGCAUUUCACAACAUUGUUGGGAAAGGAAAAUCCUCCACGUGAACUAAGGUGGCCACUUGGCUUUGCACCUUUCAGCGGUGCUAUUGCCCUACAAAAGGAAAAUGCUAAGGACGCGGUAUCUGCGACUGAUUUGAAUUCGAUUCUUUCCAAAUUCAAGGUUCCUGCCUCAGUAGACGAUGAUUCUCCUGCAUAUUUUCUUCCAAAAGGAGAUAUUCUUGUUGACGACCGAUUGGGAAUGAGUUUAGGAAGGAAGUUGGUUGAUUUGAAGCAGCUUGGUAUACCCUGGGUCCUUAUUGCUAAGGCACACAAGAGUAAUGCUACCUUGGAAUAUGAGCUUGUAGAUGUUAACAACGGAGGAGUAUCCUAUUCUGCUAACCUCGAUGAAGCGCUUGCCGCUUUUACUCAGUUGGAUUUUAAGCCUUUUAAACUUUGGUCAAAACCUGUUGUUUCUAAGUAG